GAGAAAGGUAUAUAAGUCGCCGGCCCUAUGUGCGAGUGAGUUGGACCGGUCUUCGAGGACACGGGGGGUAUCCAACCUUGCUUUAAGCAGAUAUUGAGCUCAUAUACUGUUGAACAACACUCUCUUCAAGUUUCGAGUACGUCAACCAUGGCCCCCGACGAGGCUGAGAGUCCCUCAGUAGUGCUGUUCGGAUAUGACUCUUCUCCGUUCACGCAAAAAGCAAGAUUGGCGCUCCAAUUGAAGCAGAUUCCAUAUACAUUUGUCAUCGUCCCGUCAAUGAUGCCACGACCACUUCUCAGGGAAUCGUUCAAUCUGACAUAUCGCAAGAUACCUGUUCUUGUCAUUGGUAGGGAGAUCUACAUCGACACAUCUCUCAUCGUCGAGGCACUGGAGCACUAUUUCCCCUCCUCGCAAGGAUAUGGCUCUUUAUAUCCCGACCCCGUCGCCAUGUACCGCCCUUUGAUCCGAGGUUUGGCUUCAUAUUGGACCGACCGACCCCUUUUCCGCGUGACGACGGGUCUCAUUCCAGCGACGGUGUGGCGAACACACUUUGGUACCGAUCGGUCGAAUCUAAUCGGCCACAAGCUCAAUGCCGACAAGCUCGAGCACAAGAUUCCCGAGAAUCUGAGUGUGUUGGAUUUACAAUUGAGCCUCGCUGAGCCGUUGUUCCAGACUGAAAAGAAGAAAUGGGUGUUUGAAGGCGACAAGCCCAGCGCCGCCGACGUCGCACUGUGGUAUCAAUUGGACUGGGGCGAGAAGAUCAGUCGAGGCGAGGGGAUCGAGAACUUGACGGGCGGUGGGACGAGGGACGGUGAUGGAGAGGGCACGGCGAUUGUGUUCAACCCCUCUAGGUAUCCUGGCGUGGUGGCAUGGUUCGAGAGGGUGAAGAAGUAUUUUGAGGAGUUGCCAUCUACGGAGACGAGGGUGGAGAGCCGCGAUACAAAAGGUGUGGGUGCAGUGAUCGAGGCAAUUAGUAGGUCGCAAACUCUACAAGAGGUUCCCUUGCUGCCGACACCAUCCGGACCACACUUUGGUCUGGACGCGAGGAACGGCCUGGUCAAGGGGGUGGAGGUGAGUGUCGCUCCAGACGACACGGGAAGGGAAAGUCCGACGGUUGGGACGUUGGCGGCUCUCACGCCAGAAGAGAUUGUCAUUGUCCCGCAGAGGAUUGACGAUGGCCCUAGAGUUGGACAGGUCAGAAUCCAUUUUCCACGUGUCGGGUUUGUAGUCAGGCCUGUAGGUCGAGUGAGACUGUAGACAGGAAUAUGGAUGGGAGGUGGUGAGAGAUGUAACCCGUAGACAGGAUUGAAAUGUAUUAAAAACAACGACCGUUCCCACUCAG